AUGGCAUACGCUCUACCAGUGCCGGCGCCUCAAACCGCGGCGUUCAGGCCCCAGGUGGUGGUAGUACCACCGCCGCCGCCACAAGCUGGACGUCAGCGCCCGGUAUGGCUUCGGCCCUUGGUACUGGCGUCCGCACCACGGCUAGAGCUACAGCCGGCCAUGCAACCGAUUCCGGGGUGCCCCCCGGGUCUGGAGUACCUGGCCGUCGUGGACCAACUCCUCGUGCACCAGCAGCUGCAAGUGUUGGAGAUGUUGGUGCCGUACGAGCAGCAGAACCGGUACGUGGUGAAGAAUAGCAUGGGCCAGUUCGUCUUCAUGGCCAUCGAAGAGAGCGACCUGGCGAGCCGCUGCUGCUGCGGCAACUGCCGGCCCUUCGAGAUGCCGCUGUUCGACUACCGCAGCGUCGAAGUGAUGCGCCUAUUCCGACCGCUGCGUUGCACCUCCUGCCUUUGCUUGUGUUGCCUACAGCUGAUGGAAGUGCACGCUCCACCGGGCACCGUCAUCGGCUCGAUCCUGCAGGACAUCAGCCUGCUGCCUCGCUUCUCGGUGCUGGACAGCGCCGGCAAUGCGGUCCUCUCCAUCGAGGGCCCCUUCUGCACGUCGGCCGUGUUCUGCAACGACGUCGUCUUCGACAUCUUCACCAGAAACGGCCACGUCAAGAUCGGCACGAUGUCGAAGAACUGGGGCGGCGUGCUCCGCGAGGCGUUCACGGACAUCGACAACUUCACGGUGACCUUUCCCAUAGACCUGGACGUCAGGUUGAAGGCCAUGCUGUUGGCCGCUCUGUUCCUGAUCGAUUUCAUCUUCUUCGAGAGCGGCGCCGGCGGUCCAAAUGUGCCGGAUCUUCCCGGGAACGUAAUAAACUAA